AUGAAGACUGAUCCCUUGCCCUGUCCAGAUUGGGUGGUCGCAACGGGCUCAAAUGUUCAUUAUGCUAGAGAUAGAGCUUGGUUCAGCAGCGACUAUCGACCUAUCAAAUCUUUUGUCGGAAGCAUUAUGUUUGGUGAUAUUCGGAGCGAAGUGAUAGGAAUAGGCACUGUGCUCUUACCCGUCAAAAAGUCCACAAAAUUAAAGGGAUCCGGUUCGCAUGGAGCGUUGCUCCUUACCAAUGUGCUGCAUAUGCCAACAGCAGUUUCAAAUGUUAUUGGUCACUCGGCUAUGGAUGACUAUGAACUGAGGCUCCCUACUGGGACAGAUUCCUUCGGAGAAUUUGUAAAUCUACACACAGGCGGAACAGCUGCAUUGAUAGGGCGAGGGGCUGGUGAUUUUUCUCAAUUUUCAGUCGUAAAGCUAAGUGGGCCUCCUGUUGGGCCUCGUACUGGCCCUCAACGACCAAAGACAGGAAUUCUUUACUCACUUUCGGUUGAACGGCCGCCAGAAGAGCGACACAAAUGGCUUCCAUCAGCGAUGUCUACAACUGUUGGCAAACCAGAACGCGAAUCUCUUACUCCAUUGGAGAGAAAGUGGCUGAAAUCUGGAUAUGGAGGCGAAUUUCAUUUCCUUAACGUUCACGGACUUAGCAUUAUAAAGAUGAUGAUCGCGAGCAAGGCCGCAGUAUUAUGCGAGCAAUGA